AUGACAUCUGUAGAGGAUCUCUACAAAGCUUUCGCCGUACUAGCUGAUGCCAAGGAUAAAGCGGGCGAACAUGAAAAGGAAUUUCGUCUGUUUCUUGCUGCAGCAAAGGGCAAUAUCGGAGAGAAAAGACUGGCAUCUCAGUUCAUUUGCAGAUUCUUCAAAUACUUCCAGAAUGCACAGGAGGAUGCUAUCAAUGUUCUGUUUGAACUCUGCGAAGAUCCAGAUGCCAGUAUCAGAAAACAGGCAGUCAAGGAUAUUCCCACCUUGUGUAGAGCAUGUCCAGACAAGGUUCCACGUUUUGCAGAUGCUCUAGCAAUGCUGCUCAGUUCAGAGGAUGCACAUGAGCUGUCUGGCAUUCAGGCAUCACUGUACAGUUUGUUUUCUAUAAAUAAUAAAGGAGCAUUGGAAGGGAUAUUUACCCGUCUGCUGCAGACAUCUGAGGAUGAAGAAGGCACAGAUGAGGCUGUGGCACUUGUACGCGAAAGGCUGCUGCGAUUUUUGCUGACCAAGGUGAAACAGACUGGGGAUCUUGAGAAAGAUGUGGAAGAUUACAUAAUGCAACAGUGCAGGAAGCUGCUGGAGGAUGUGACAAAAGAUGAAUUCAUAUCUGUCAUGGAGCUUUUGAGGAGUUUGAAAACAAUGUCUACGGUGCAGUCUAGACAACAACUUGUAGAGAUGGUUGUCGAGCAGGCUGGUCUGGAUGAAGCUUUUGAGUCGUCAGAUCCAGACUGCGUUGACAGACUUCUUCAUUGUAUCAGAUCAGCAGCUCCAAUGUUUUCUAAAAACGUGCAUUCUAAGCCCUUUGUUACAUACCUGUGUGAUGAAGUACUACCUGUAUUGGACAAACUGGCCAGCCCUGAUGAAGACACAAACAUACAGCUGGAGGUACUUAAGACGUUUGCAGAAAUCUCAGAAUUUGCUGGAGACAUUGAUAAAACUGAGAAACGAGUCGACACAGUUUUCACAGCACUCUUGAAUUACAUGCCCUUGCCGCCAUCCGAUGAAAAGGAAGAUUUAACAGUAGAGGAACCUAAACUAAACUUCUCUCAGGUAGAGUGUCUCAUGUUUGCUUUUCAUCAACUGGCAAGGAAGUGUCCAGGAUUUUUGACAGAUGAUGCAAAUGCUGAAAGGUUAAAGGACUUCAGAACCAGAUUACAGUACAUCGCCAGAGGGAGUCAGAUCUGCAUUAAACGACUGAAGGAAGCUUUACAAGGGAAGACUGGAGACGCACUAAGGACAGAAGAGAACAAGAAAAGGAUUGUAGCUCUGAAGCUGUUCACCAACAUCACAUUGCUUGUGAAGGACCUCAUGCACAAUCCACCAGCCUUCAAGGUAGCCAUUACUCUAUCCUGGAGACCAACUAAGGAAAUCAAGUCAGCAGAAGGCAGUGAAAAUACAAAAGCCUCACCUGUUACUGGCCAAAAACGAAAUAUUACACCCAUUACUUACGAAGGGUCUAAUGGGAAAAAGACAAGCCCGAAGCAAGCGCGGACAUUGUAUCAGCCACCAAGUGGCAAGUUUAGUGACAAAGCUGGAGCUUACAGUACUAACACCCUUAGCAACAACAGAGGCGGGCGAGGUGGCCAAAGGCGUGGUGGCUUCAGAGGUCGUGGCAGAAGGGGACGGAGAGGUAGUGCCAGCGCUGACAGUGGUUUCUACCAAAACAAGAUUUAA